AUGUACAACGAUCAAGGAAAUUACAAGGGAUGGACAAAUCAGACGACCACUGAUCUGGAUCCCCUAAAAAGCAUUGGAUAUCUUCCGCCGCCGUCCCGCUCAGGCUCCCCGCACGGAACGCGGAGAGUGGAAUUGGUCCCGCCCAAUGUUAAUUGCGAGGCUGAGGGGAUCCCCGUGGAAGAACUGUCGUCAUUGGUGUAUCUUUCUGGGCUGUCGUCUGGGGAAAGUCCUUGGUUCUUGGGGUUUUUCCAUUCCAUUGUGCGGGGCCCCAGGUCGGACCCUGAAUUUGCGUCUCGGCGACGGAACAUUGGUAAUCUGAACGAAUAUGGGCUAGCCCUGAAAUCGACCUUGCAGCCGAACCUCAUGUGCGAGAAUAGCUUGAACGUGGGGGUCUGGUCUGCUUGUUACAGCCGAGCCUCCCUGGUGUUUGGUGGGAAAUGGACAAUAGGUCUUUCCGGAGGCUUGGCAUUGACAAUGCGAGACGUGGCCACAUUCUUGCGCGCGCGGUUGAAAGCAGCUAGUUUAACUCGGGAUUUGAAGCAGAUGGUGCGCAGAUUUCGAACAAGCUGA